UUCCUUCUUCUCAUCUUACGCGAAUCAAAAUGCAAGUUCUUAGUGGAGCUUGGAUAUCAGCAGUACUAUUCCUCUUAUUGGGCACGGUACCAUUAUCUGGUGCUUCAAGAAAGAGUAUUGGACAUCAUGUCAAGGAAGCUACGUAUCUGUCCCCCAAGUUUGAACUAAAACCUGGGUCAGUUCUAAACAGGUAUUACUACGGUAUUGACUUCCCAAAAGGCCAUAUUGCAGUCAAGAGCUUCAAUGGUGAAGUAGUUGAUGAACAUGGCAAUUCUGUACCUCUUCAUGAAACUUAUCUCCACCAUUGGCAAGUUAUUAGAUACCAUCAACGUAAAGGCAAUAGAAACACGCUCAAGGAAGGCCCACCAAGGGAGGAAGAGCCCUUAGGUCAUUACAUAUUGAGGAAUAGUGGGAUGUGUCAGGAUGACUCUUUGAUACAGUAUUUUGCUGUUGGGUCCGAAACACGAAAAACAAAAACAGAUAUUCCAGAUCCUUUUGGGGUAGAAGUAGGAAAUCCAGCAGACAUCCCUAAAGGGCAUGAGGAAAAAUGGAUGCUUAAUGUUCAUGCUAUUGAUACAAGAGGUGUAGUAAACAAGUUAGGUUGUAUUGAGUGUUGGUGUGAUCUUUAUAACGUCACAAAGGAUGCUACUGGCAAGCCUAUAGAACCAGGUUAUAAAGGUGGUUUGUUAUGUUGUGAUGAUAAAAGUCAAUGCAGGAUGAGGGAAGGGUUUGUGGGACGAAAGAGAAGACUACAUGUGAGAUAUACAGUUAAGUGGGUUGAUUGGAGUGAUUUGAUUGUUCCUCUUAAGAUUUAUUCAUUUGAUGUGACUGAUACUUUGCAAACAUCAAGAAGUAAAUCUUCCAAAGCAUUGGCUACAACCCAUAACUGCAAGUUUGAGUAUCAAGUUGAGUCAUGCAGCAAGAAGCAAAGAGAAAGAAACGCCUGCGUUCAUGUGAAGAGAACAAGCUUCCCAAUGCCAAAAGGAGGUAAUAUCAUCUAUGGUCUUGGACAUCUACAUGCAGGUGGAAUUGAUUCGACUGUAUAUGGAGAGGACGGAAGGGUAUUAUGUUCUUCAAAGCCAAUUUAUGGAAAAGGAAUGGGAGCAGGAAACGAGAAAGGCUAUAUUGUAGGAAUUAAAACUUGUUAUCCCAAACCUGGUUCUGUUAAGAUAAUGGAUGGUGAAACCAUAACUGUAGAGUCUAGGUACAAUAACACUCGAGAACACCUUGGAGUUAUGGGGCUUUUCUUCGUGUUUGUGGCAGAACGUCUACCUCAUCACCAUUUCACACAUUCAUCUCUUCCUUAAAGUUAAUCAAGGAUUUGGAUUCUCUCCAAAGCAAGGAUGUUCCUAUGCUUUUAUUAUAACACAAAGUAACUGGUACUAGUACCUUGUGUUAUUAUUUCCGGCGUAGGACCAUUGUUAUAUCCAGGAGAAAAUCUAACCUUAUUAGUUGCGUUUUAUAUGGUUUGCUGUAGUUUCUUAAAUCUGUAUGUUGGGAAUCAAUGCAGUGUCAUAUAUGGUGACAAUUUGUCUUUGUAUUUUAUCCUAUCUUCAAUAAAGGCGGUUGUGAAAUUGUAGUUUA